AUGAACGUGCGUCAAUUGUUUCUUUGAUUAAUACAGGCACAUUCUCGCAUUUGAAAUUACAUUCAGUAUGAAAUAAAAUUGCUUUUUAAUACAUUACUUUUAUAAAAUGCGGAAGUUGUUGUUCAAACGAGUAAGAAUGCAGAUCCGAAGGUUUGAAGAGAGAGUUAUUGAGUGUUAAUAUUUUUUCAAGUUUUAUAAUCUGUUUAUGAUAAGCUCGAUUCUGCGAAAUUCUUAUCUCUGACUAAAAGUGGUUAUCGAUGAAAUGCAAAAGCAGAAAACGCGCUUGACAGCAAUGAUGAAUCAAGAACACGGUGGAAAUUAUGAAGAUCGCAUUGAAUUCAUAAUUGCUUUAAUGACAAAAGAUUACGAGAAGGCUCGUGACGUUGGAGAUCGAUUGUUAAAGCAAAACCGGAACAACGUAGAUGUUGCUCGUGCUCUUAAUAUUCUGCAGCAUAAAAAACACGAAGAAUGCGAAAGGUCAAGUGUAAUUGAAUCUGACAGUAUUCGUAAAGGAAGUGACGCGACCGAUGGUGACGAUAUCGAUUUUACAGACAACAAUGCAGUUAUUGCUAUCGACCCAGCAAUGGCAAAUAAAAUCGUGUCACACGACAUGUCUCGACUGAAUAAUGAAGCCAGGAGUCAUCUUGAUUUUAAACGGAACAUGCACAGAGUAAUACUGAUAAAGACGAAUAAAAAGAAUAUUCAAGCAAAAGAUUUGACGAAAUGUUGAAAAUAUUAUCUUACAUAUAUUACAUGGAAUUUUUUUGAGAAUUCCUUCAAAAUCAUGGGACAACAUGGUAUUUCAAAGAAUUUUAUUAUAAUUUUAGUAAAAUUUAAUUAUUUUCUAAUAUAAUUUGAAAACUAUUGUAUUAUAAAAAUUUUUUACUAUAAUUUUAAUAAAAUUUAACUAAACAAUUUUAUGAUACUUAAGUAGUUUUUGAUUAAAUUUUAUUAAAAUUAUAAUAAAAUUUUUCGUAAUAUUAUGUACAAUCUUACAAUUAUUAUUUGAUUUUGAAAGUAAAUUUAAGAAAAAAUUCUGUCUGUGUGUUUAAAAUAUGAGCACAAAACAUUAAAUAAAGCAUAAAGCAUUAAUAAAUAAUGUAAACAAUA